AUGAAGCUCCCUCGGCGGAGUCUCUCAGGCCUCUUGCUGCUCGCUGCUAGCCUCGGAGCCGUUCAAUGUAUUCCUGCCGGCGAACCUUCCACGCUUACCGCCAUCACACCGCAAAGCACUUUGAGUGGCGUACCCAAAACCGCUAUCUUGGAAGGGACAGUUCCGUCUGCAUUCAUUACUCCCGCACCUAUACACCAUGUUGCUCGUGCUGAUAACUUUUUUACCACGACUAUCAGCGGCACCACCAUCACUUCGGAAUGCAGCGCUGGUGUCACGUCCUUCACUUACUCGCUUUGCAACCCUAAGCCUUGUUCGCAGAAAACCCACAGAAAGUGCAUAGAGACCUUCACUGUGCCGGAAAACCAGUAUUUGACCGUGACGACCGUGUCAAGCACGGUUACGAGCACGUCUGCUGGAUCGACAACCACUUUCAGAUCCACCUCCACCAGCAAAGGUUUCCCAUCGGCUACAGCCACAGCAACCGCACGACCAAAUGGCACAGUAUCAGUUCCUAUUGGGGUCGCUCUGCGAGACGGCAUCAGGGCGAUUGUGCGAAAGUUUUGCCCAGGAUGGAGCACCGAAGAUGGACCUAGCCUAGGAUGCUGGGAGCCGGCGGCGGAUGAGGAGCUGAUACAGCUGGUCACUGGCAAUGGCUUCAUGCCUCUUGGGUUUGAUGUGGUGCAGGGAGAUCCGACGCUCUCACAGAUCGGAGAAAAUGUCACCUACGCUCAAACAUUUGGAGUACACAUUAUCAAGGAUGGGAUCACUCUGGCGAUUCAAUGCAAUCAGCCCAUAGGUACAAUGCUAGAAAUUCCGGCGGACAUUGCUGCGGCAGAUGCGCAGGCUGUUCUGGACGAAUUUGGGGACCGCGACCCGUCCUCUCCAACUGCAUCGGGCAGCUCUAGCGUUGUCGAGGCCAAAACUCUGACUCCCAUCUGUGUGGUCUCUUCUCAACCAGCAAUAGCUUCAGAAGAUGAAAGUCUGAUAGUGAGCUUUUUGGGACAGUAUUUCCAGCAGCAUCCCAUGGGAAUCACUUCGACUUCUUCAGGAACCGCUGCCGGCAACGACGCUGGAGUCACCUUCGUACCAUCUACUGCAUCUGUCAUCAAGACCGAGGCAAUAUGCCACACGACCGAUCCUAUUUCUCUGGGGAAAGUGCAUCCUGCACAGAUCACAGAAGCAGCAAAAUCUUUCUACUCCACCUUGCAUGAUGAGAAAGUGGCUGUGACCUCUUAUGUCGAACCUGAUCGAGACUUUGUCUACAACAAGUUCGAGCAAGACGGACUAAAAGGCGUCCGAUACUAUGUCUUUGAGGAAAUUCUGAGCGACAAAGGCUACGCUCUAGCCCUAUCUGUGCAGUACCUCAAGGAAGCAUGUAAGAGCGAGUACCAGGGAACAGUCGACUUCCAGUACUUCAAUGAGGAUCAGUUUGUCAAAAAAUUCAUGGGCGAGAAGAUCUCUAAGGCCUGCUAUGAGCAGACCGAGGGUUCACAGAAAAAACCGCCGAUGGGUGGAAACACGUUUAAUGAUGAGUGCAUACAGUUUCAAGCAAAGCUAUCCAACGUCAAGCCUACACCAGGAAAACCUUGGCCGAAGCCUCUCCCCACGGAUUAUCUACCCGUCGGAUUCGGACAGGGUCACGACAAACUGGUCGAGUGCAACAACCCGCGCAGCCCGGACGUCCCACAGCCUCUGAUCGAAGACAACCCCAUUGCGGACAAAGCAGCAAAAUUUUUCCAAAGUCUGAACGCCUCAGGUACAAGCGCGCAUCAGUCGGCACCUGCGCAAAAGGGCCGAAUCCCACCCAUCGAAUUCUUCCACUGGGGUUCGGGAAAGGAGGAAGGCUUCAAGGCUGUGGUGUUCAAAGACGUCCCGAUCAUCCUGGACUCUGACAAGGGCAAUUCGAAAAACGACUAUGCACUCGUAUUAUCCGUGCAGUACCUCGCGGGAACCUGUGUCACAGAUUCUUCGGAUGCAGAUGCAUCGUGGACGUUCAAGUUCGGCGAUAUGCAGAAGGUGUUUUUCAUCGGCAACUUCAUCGAUCCUCAAAUCAAGUCCUGUGCUAUGAAGCCGAUUAAUCAUGACGAGUGGGCAACAUUCGGAGGCGCAUGGUUUGAGAAAUGUGUUGCUUACAAUACUUCGUUGAUCGAUAUCUCUGGAAAUAGCGUCUGGGUACAGAAGGACGUUAAGGCUGGUCACAUGUUCUUGACUGUUGACCCUGGCACUCGACACGCUAACGAGACUGUCCUUUCCAACAAGGUUUUGGGCGACGACGAGGUCACUGCUUGGCCAUGGAGCGGCGAGAUUAUUGGUAAUUAG